UUCAAUGUGGGGGGUAGGGACAUCCCAAGGAUUCCGAAUAGCAAGGUGCCUUUACACAAGGGACCAUCGUGUACAAGUUACAACACUGCCAUCUAGUGGCCAAUUGAAUAACAGUUGAACCGUUUCAAAACAUUCCGAAACGUGUCGACUUGCUUGAACAUACCACGGAAGUGUGACACAAACGUUGAGCGGUAUGUCCAGUCAACCAGUUUAUUUAGUGAGCAUUUUAAUUUUAAAACGCUGUGUUUAUUUUUACUGCUAAGGGAUAGCCAACGUCUUAAAACAGACGCCGUUAAAGUGAAAUAUGCCUCGGAGAAAGAGGAAUGCUGGGAGCAGCUCCGAGGGCACUGAGGAUUCAGACUUCUCUGCUGACCAUGAGCACACAGACAGAAUCGAGACCUAUGGGAGAACACGGAGGAACACGCGCCUCACCCGGGCAUCGCUGCGACUCAGCCAAAGUUCUCAAGAUUCCAGCCCUGUCCAGAUCAGCCCAGCAGAGGUGGUGACCUUCUCUGCCCGGCGUGUGACCCGUAGCCGUAGUCUGCAGCAAGGGUCGCCGGUCACCCCCAAGAAAUACCCUCUGCGCCAGAGUCGCUCUUCGGGGUCGGACACGGAGCAGCAUGUGGAAGACCUGAAGCGAGCAGCAGACCAGGACGAGUCUCCGCCCCGCACCCCAACAGGGAACGCCCUCUCAUCGGAGUCGGACAUUGACGUGUCCAGCCCUAACGCCUCUCCUGACGAGUCCCUGGCCAAGGAGCUGUCACUCAAAGACUCUGGCAGCGACCUCUCCCACAGGCCCAAGCGCCGCCGCUUCCACGAGAGCUACAACUUCAACAUGAAGUGCCCCACACCAGGCUGCAACUCCCUGGGCCAUUUGACAGGGAAACAUGAGAGACACUUCUCAAUAUCUGGCUGCCCUCUCUUCCACAACCUCUCUGUAGAUGAAUGCAAGACGAGGGCCUCCUCUCGUGACAAACAGGUGGAGGAGCGGACGUUGUCCCACCGGCAGGAUGAGAACAGACACGCUACCCGUCACCAGGCCCCAACGGAGAGACAGAUGAGGUACAAGGAGAAGGUGACGGAAAUGAGGAAGAAGAGGAACUCGGGUCUGCUAAAAGAGCAGAAAGACCAGUACAUGGAUCACCGGCAGUCCCACGGCAACAACCGAGAGCCCCUCCUGGAGAACAUCACAAGUGAUUACGACCUGGAGCUCUUUCGAAAAGCCCAGGCACGUGCUUCGGAGGAUCUUGAGAAGCUGCAGGGCCAGGUGGCGGAGGGCAGCAACAUGAUCAAGACCAUUGUGUUUGGCCGCUACGAGCUGGACACCUGGUACCACUCGCCCUACCCCGAGGAGUACGCCCGCCUGGGACGCCUCUACAUGUGUGAGUUCUGCCUCAAGUACAUGAAGAGUCUGACCAUCCUGCGCCGGCACAUGGCCAAGUGUGUCUGGAAACACCCACCAGGGGAUGAGAUCUAUCGAAAGGGAAACAUCUCCGUCUUUGAGGUGGACGGUAAAAAGAACAAGAUCUACUGCCAAAACCUGUGCCUUCUGGCUAAGCUCUUCCUGGACCACAAGACCCUAUACUACGACGUGGAGCCCUUCCUCUUCUACGUAAUGACAGAGGCUGACAACACCGGCUGCCAUCUUGUUGGCUACUUCUCAAAGGAGAAGAACUCGUUCCUAAACUACAAUGUCUCCUGUAUCCUCACCAUGCCACAGUACAUGAGGCAGGGCUACGGAAAGAUGCUGAUUGACUUCAGUUACUUACUGUCUAAAGUGGAGGAGAAGGUGGGCUCUCCAGAGCGGCCCCUCUCAGACCUGGGCCUAAUCAGCUACAGGUCCUACUGGAAGGAGGUGCUGCUGCGCUACCUCAACCAGUUCCAGGGGAAGGAGAUCUCCAUCAAGGAGAUCAGCCAGGAGACAGCCGUCAACCCAGUGGACAUCGUCAGCACCCUGCAGUCCCUCCAGAUGCUCAAGUACUGGAAAGGGAAGCACCUGGUCUUGAAGAGACAGGACCUAAUCGACGACUGGAAAGCCAAGGAGACCAAGCGUGGCAGCAGCAAGACUAUUGAACCCACUGCCUUAAAGUGGACCCCACCUAAAGGAACAUAGGACACUUCUUCCCCCUACACCAUACCACGCCAACUCUCCAACACAAUGACCUGGGUUCAAAGCUCACUAUCAGAAUAGUUUACUUCAAACAACUUUUUGAUCAGUAUUAUUGAGAGUCCUAACCAGGCUUAAGUAGUAGAUCAUAAUAUCAAGAAGAAUACUAAUAGUGGGUUGCUUGAAACCAGACCCUAGCUUUCCUCACACGACUUCUCAGUAGAACCGUGUUAACCUAGUGAGCCACAACACAACAAUGUAUCCAUGUGUCUUGAUUGUCUUUAGUGUUUCUGUUUGGUUUUGGCUUUAUUUUUUUAUUAUUUUUUAUUAUUAUUAUUAUUUUUUUUACUUCUGUUUGGUUUUACCACUGUUUUAAGCUGUUUUGGCUAAUGUCCUUUUUUAAGCUAUUUUAAAUUUGGCUUCCUGAAAGAUUGCCUCUUCCCCUUCUCUCCAGUGUGCACUCUUUCAAGUAUUUAAAAGCCUCGGACUGGUGAAAACGUUGGCUGGAGGAAGUUCCUUUCCCCAAUCCAUUCCUUUUAAAUCCAUGAGGGAGAGUGCACAAGUAAACAUUUUGGGAGAGAAGAAAAAAGAACAGAACUGGAAUUUGCAGUCAGGCUUUGUCUAAGGCCAAAGUACGAAUUUGAUGUCAAGUUCAAGUCAUGCUGUCAAUAUAUUUAAAUGAUAGAUAGAAGAUUUUAUGGUACAGGUUUGGCAAGACAAAGUAUAUUUGAAGAAAGUUUUUAAAAUGUGCAGGACUGGUUUCCUAGCCGUACUGAGAACUAGAUUUGAACGUGUCAUUAGAAGAGAUUUUCUCGAACAUGUUGCAGAGGAACAAUGCAUGUAGUACCCAACAAUAGAGACUAUUUGUUUUGCAUUGUGGUCAACCCAUUUUAUGUCCGUUUAUGUGUAUAAGGAUAAAAUAAUGGAUUUUUUUUCACCAACAUUUUGAAUUGCUGCAAAUGUUACUGACUGCUAGACUGAUUGUGCAUAUACAUUGGAUGAAACCAGAAAUUACCUCCAUCUGCUGUGUGUGUGUGUAUAUAAAGAUUUUGAGUUUCCACAGCAACGUAUGGCCCUCAUCUCAAGAAUUUCUAGCCACAAUAGGGCAAUAAAUAUAUAAAGUGCACAUCUUUAUAGUUGCAGAAGAAAUGGCCUUUACUGACCAUAUGUCAAAGUGAACUCUUUAUUAACAUCGUAAAGGAUUCACAAACUUCCCUGUCAUUCUGAAACCGUGUUAAUCCUUGUGUAGAGUUUUUAUUCAGUUGUGUUUCUGGGUUGUUUUUGUUUUUCUUGUGUAUUUAAAAAAAAUAAGCUAUUUGAUCUGUGCAUUUGUAUGUCAUGGGGGAGUAACAAAACAAGCUCAAUCUGAGAGGAGGUAUUUCUUCAAGGCUGCCAAAUAGACUGUAUAUUUCACUGGAUCCAGGUUUGAAUUAAGAAAGUAAUUCUCCAAUAAUAUGGCAUUUAUGAUUAUUUUCAGAAUAUAAGCACUCGUGUUGAACUUUUGGAUUUCCAAUUUAAAUUGCAUGUUAAAAUAGUUUUGGGCCAGUCAAGCUUCAUUCAUUCCUUCUGCUUUUGAAUGUUAAGUGAAAGGCCUUGAAAUAUACCUGCCCAUCAGAUUGUUUACUUCCUUAUUUUGACUCUCUAAAACUAGAUUGUACACUGUCCACUAUAUUUUGUGGUAUGAUUUAGUUGCAAAGUUCAUGGUUCUUCAAAGAGUCUAUAAUAUCAGCAUCUUUGGCAUGAAUAGAUGCUAACUUGGCCUAACAUCACACAGAGGUAUUAUAGCAGGUCAACUUGCAGCUCAUUUCACUGUAUAUUUUAUUGGAACCUGAGAACACUGCUACAACAGGUCAACUGUUAAUUUCCCACAAACAAUUAUCUUCCUUUACCUCUGCCUUUCAUAUUUUGCCUCCCAACAUGUUGCUGUGGUCUGUGUUGUCUUGAUGCUUCCUCCUGUGCCUGUCAUGGCAGCUAUAGAAAGCAACUCCAGAACAGCUCGGUUUACCUGAAACCAGUGUGCGUGGUCAUAAUGUUCACCUUCAUACAAGCAGUUGUUCUUCAAUAAGCUAUCAAAAGAGCAGUAGACCACUGUAGCUACACAGCAGUACCUCUGUACAGCAUUAAUAUGUAGAUAAGUUGUGUGCACCUGCUUUUGUACUUGCUUCCUCUCCAAUAAAUCUGAACUCCAAAA